UAAUCAUAUGUCCUUGAGUUGUGAUUUUGCUAGUAUAGUUAAUUUAAAAGUGAAAUUCAUACUUUGAUUUUGCUAGUAUAGUCGGGUUCGGGUCAAUCGGGUUCGGGUUAAUCGGGUUGCGAGUAAGUCGGGUUGCGGAUCAAUCGGGUUCGGGUUAAUCGGGUUGCGGGUUAGUCGGAUUGCGGGUUAGUUGGGCUGCGGGUCAAUCGGGUUGCGGGUCGGGCGGGUUACGGGUUGUUGACUUUUAGUCAAUUCGAGUUGCGGGUCGGGUUGAUCGAGCGGGUUAAUCGAGUCGGGCUAUGUUUUGACACCUAUAAUCGUUAUAGACUUGUAGUACAUCAUUUGAAAAAUACAUAUGCGAAUUGGAUUAACCAUAGUAAUAGAAGUAUCACGCGGUGAAUUAGCCAACAGAAUGACAAAUAAUCAUCCCUCGAGGCCACGUGGCAAGCUCCCAGCUCCAAAACUUGGCGGGUGCUUAUGUCACCUAAAACCCCAUAGAGGGGCACUUUCGUCAUUUCAGAAAAAACUGCCCUCUUUCCCUCCCCAAAAUCGCUAGGGUUUAUUUGCUCUUUCCUUAUCCCCUCCACCGCGCGCCUUACUACAAAUUCUCCUCUGCCGCCAGACCCAAAAAGAGACCGGAGCGUCGCAGACCACAGACGAGAGACAUCCUCUGUUGUCGGUUUUCCUCCCACCUCCGCUAAUUUCUCUUGCUCUGUCGCCAUAGCCAUUUUUCUUUCCCCUCCCUCUCCAAACUCUUUUUGUUCUGUUUCCUCUGUUCUCACGAUCGCCCUGCAUGCAAGUAAUCGCAAGCUCGUCUUCACCGAGAGAGAAUUUGUUGUGUGCUAUGGAUCCCGACAUGGAGAAAUCUGAGGGCGGCGUUGAGGAAGACGGUGGGGAGAAGAAGGUUUGCUGCGACUGUAAGACUACAAGGACUCCUCUGUGGAGAAGCGGACCAGCCGGCCCAAAGUCGCUGUGCAACGCUUGUGGAAUCAGGUUCAGGAAGCGGAGAAGAGCUAUGGAAGACCCCACCGCCAAGAAACGAGCCACGCCGCCGCCGUCCCCGCCACAGAUAGCCUCUUCCUCCGCGGCUGCCACAAGUACCAGCGAGUCGACCACCACAACCGACACAGCCAUAUCUUCCUCUGUGGCUACCGUAUCUGCCCGCAGUAACAGCAACAGCAGUAGUAGUACCAUCUCCGCCGCCGGCCCAGUGAAGGUCAGAGUGGUUUAUUCCGGCAAGAGAGGAGGGAUGAUGGUCCCAAGAUCGCCACCGUCCGUGCAGCCGCAUCCCUCAGAGGUGGUGGUGAAGAAGCAGAGGUGCCAAAGGAGGAGAAGGAAGCUGGCGGAAGAAGAACAAGCUGCUUUCGUCUUAAUGGCUCUCUCUUGCGGCGCAUUAUUUGCCUAGGCGAAAAGAAAGGGGAUGACCUAAACAUUGAAGUUGGCAAAAUAAACCUAGAGGGAAGGGAAAAACCACCACCAAAGGCGGCGGUUUUUCAGUUUUUGGUGACCUUUUGAUGAUGAUGUUCUGUUUGUUUGUCCCGCGUCUGAGGAAAUUAGGGGAUAGGAGGAUUUGGGGGAGUAUGUAAUGUAACUAGAUAUAAGACAAUUCACAAUAGUAGCUGUAGCGGUGAUAGUAGUAGUUGACUUGAGAGGGGUUUGGAUUUAAUCUUGUGGGAAAUUUUGGGGACUUUGUGUAAAGAAGAAAUUUUUGGUAUCAAAGUCGUAGUAUUUAUAUACUAUCCGUUCAUCGAAUUGUUGGCGAACAUCAAUCCUACGCAGUUGCAUCAUCUUCCACCGAAACCCCUCUCGGUUUCCGUUGUGGAGUAACUGAAUCGCGUCUGCAAAUUCUUCUUUCACUAGCAUCGAAGAUGCCCUAGACGCAUAUGUGCGGAUGCUCCGUGUGAACUGAAUUCCAAGCCUUCCAUUGUGGAACUGAAUUCCCCUGAAGCUGUCAUUUCCGUGUACAGACGGAGUCGGCCAGCCAGAAUUUGGCCUUGGGAUAUCGAGCGAAUGUGUUCAUUUCUGUCGCGAUGAGACACAGAUUGUGCGGAGCUGGUGAAAUGGACGCUGGUCUUAGGUUGAUGGAGAAGAUGGAAGGUUUAGGUUGUAGCCCUGAUGUCUGGUGAGGGUCCGUUUAACAGUGUCUUGGAUGCUCUCUGACUGCAAUUAUAUCUCGAGCUUUAGACGUACGUGCUUUCGGAGAUGCAAGGUAAAAAUCUCGUGCGUGAUGUUAAGUCCUGUAAUUGCUUGAGUCAUGGUCUUCGUGUAUCUCGGACAGUGUUCGAUGAAAUGUUGGAAAGAGAAGUCAUGAUGGGUGGGUUCUUCAAAGGGUGGGGUGGAAGGGUAUUGUUUCACUUUGCAUGGUGAAUUAUGCAGAGCAAAAGAGCUAUUUGAUUCCAUAUCCAGCAUCGAAUGCAAGCAUGAUGAUUGAUUGAUGUAUAUAGUUACAGUGUCGUGAUUGGUGGAUACAAUAGAAAUAGAAGCUUCUAUCAAAUAGUGCUUGUCUGUGGCUUCCAUCAACACAGAGAUCAUUCGGCUGUCAGAAAUUAAAGCUGCCAAUUGGUUCUGAGAUUGGUGGUUGUGUUUCCUUGCCAAACCAAAUAUCCACAGCCGGCGCAGAAUUUGUUUCAGCGGUGUUGAUUUGAUGUUUUACGAUGGAAAUUCUUGCGGUGUCGUUUGAUCGGAUGCACCGCUGAUUGCUGAAAUCGAGAUGACCGUCAAAUAUCCACCGGACGGUGUUGAUUUGAUCGGUGCAACGAACUUCUGAAACGAUGACGAUCGUCAAAUAUCCACCGCCGUGCGAUGUUGAUUUGAUCGAUGCACCUCUAAAUGGUGAAAUCAACGUGACCGUCAAAUAUCCACCGCCGAGUGAUAUUGAUCUGAUCGAUGCACCUCUGACUUCUAACCAACGCGACCGUUAAUACGGUUCGCACCUUUCCAAACUACGUUCGAACGAGGGUGUUUGACUUUUGGGGAAUCUACGUUACCACUACUCCUAUGAAGAUUCCAGUGGAGGGCUCCGCGACUACGACUACGACUACUUCUACCAACUAUGGAGAUCCUUCCUGGAAGGAGAGCUCCGCGAAGGAGUUACAGAGAAAAGGUAAAGUUUGAACAGUGUUGAUCUCUGUGGAUUUUUUGGUUGUUCCCUUCUCUCUCCUAGCUCCACUGCUUUUAUUCGAAAAACAUUUUCGUAGUCUUCACGCUCGGUGAAACCGCUUCCUCAACUACUCUGUUGUGAACUCCCACGUGUCUUAACCGUCUUGAUCUCCUCCUCGCUCUGGUUGGCGUGAAUCUCACGCGAUGUCGUUUUAUUCCUCAAACAGCUCUGUCUACUUUUUUCUCCGUGACAUUGUUUUAUAUUAAACACUGUCGUUUUAU